AUGGCUCCCGCGUUUCUUGGCUGGCAUCAUCCACCCAAACCCACCCACGAUCGUCAUCGUCAUGCUUAUCAGAAAGCAUCACCCCAAGUCGCCACGCCAGAGCAUCGCGCCAAGACAUGUCGCAAAAUGUCAACCUGUCUUGAUCCUCGCCGGGACUGCGGCAUCGAUGCACUGCUUUAUGUGACAUGUGGUCCGGGGAUACUUCGAGAGACAAGUUCAUUGCAGCAUGCCCCUCUUCGGCUGGGUUGGCGCGGUGUAUCGCCUGUUCUUGUCGUCAGGGACCCCGAAGGUGAUCCCUGGAUCGAAGGGAGUGAGAUCAAGGGUCUGAGGAGAGUCUCCAGAUGCAGUGGGGAUACAUUUUCACACUCAUGGACUUAA